AUGCCUUCUUCCGAUAAUUUAAGUGUAUGGUACGGUGUAUUGUUCGUUCACAAAGGUUAUUACAAGUCGGGUGUUUUCAAAUUUCGCAUGGUCGUUCCCGAAGUCUAUCCUGCAUUGCCACCCACUGUGACCUUCCUCACCGAUAUUUUUCAUCCAUUGGUGGAUGUCAGUGGCAACUUGUCUCUUGUGCAGCGAUUCCCGACGUGGCGACCAUAUCAGGACUAUCUUUUACAUGUGCUUCAUUAUGUCAAGAACAUGUUCAAGAGACCCGUACUCGAUAGUCUCUUGGAUAAGCAUUGCCACAAUAAGGAAGCCUAUCGACUAUAUCGAAACGAUCCUGUCAUUUUCAGUAAAUUGGCUCAGCAAUGCGCUCAGCUGUCCAUUACCGAGUCAUUUUUGUUUGAUCAUUUCCCGGAUAACAAUCUGAUCCGGUUCUCGCCACUCGCCGAAGCAAAGUUUGGUAAGCUUUGA